CAGAAUUUCAAUCUGUCAGUCACCCUGAAAUCGCAAUUGAGUAUUUAGUCAGUGUCUGAAAGCGCUAUACUGGAUUUGAUGUUUUGAGUCAGUGAGGGCCCAAACUGACACCACCUCCUAUGUAUUCUGGAGAAGACCCCAAGGUGGAUGCAAAAGACUGGGUCACCGCUAUGCAAGCAUAUCUGGGCAGCUUUACAUGCCCAGAAGCAACAAAGGUGGGGACCAUUCUUGGCCGGUUGGAGAGGUCUGCACUGAAAUGGUGCACCUCCUCUACAACCAAAGAGAAUGUUGCUAUGGAUAGAUGGGCACAACAGCUCGGGGUGGCAGGGUUGCUGAAGGCGCUGCAAGACCGGUUUGCUGACAGGGAGCAGGCCCGCAAGGCAGCUGAUAAAAUUAUGCUGCUGGGGUCCCACAUAUUUGAGGGCUCUCUGUCCAAGCUCUACAGUAUGUUUGAGAGCUUGACAUCUACACCCGAUGAGAUGAGUGAGUCUGACCAGCUCACCCAUUUCCUGCGUGCCGCCCCUCCAGACUACUCUAUUGCACUAUAUGCUCAGGGCCACAAGGACUGGAGGUCCUUUGGCAAAGCGGCACUGGACCUGGAGUCUCGGCUCAAGGUUCAGACUCCUUCUGAAGGAAGGAAGAGGCCUACCUCCCAGGGACAGCGCAGGAGGAAAGGCGCUUUGUUGGCUGCUGAUGCAGGUUCUGAUUCUGAUGCAUUUGAGCGUGGCAGUACUCCAUCUGAGACUGCAUCUAGAUCAGCAGUUGAGCCAGCCGUUCUUGCCCUGGCUGAGAAUCUUGCUGCAAUGUUCAAGGGAAAGUUCAGCAAAGACAGCAGCAAGGGUUCAGCCAGCCAGAAGGGGAAAGGGAAGGGACGUGCCACUUCCCCUCAGGCCCAGAGACCUAACCUUCCACGAGACGUCCAUUGGCCAGUCAACGUCAUGGAUCCUUCCACCCUUCCCUGGAGAGCGCUCAGGAUCCAGGAAGGGCAGUGGCAGAGGAGGAAGGACCGUGGCAGAGGAGGAAGGACCGUGAGGAUUGAGCUCCUGCCAGGUGCGGUCCCUUUCAAGGGCCGUGGCUACAGGAUGUCACCUGUUGAACUUGAUGAGCUCAGGAGACAGCUUGAGACCCUGACCAGCAACGGCUGGAUCAGACCUAGCACAUCUGAAUUUGGGGCUCCAUUUCUGUUUGUCCGAAAGGGAAAUGGAGAGUUCAGAAUGUGUGUGGACUACAGAGGUCUCAACAAAAUCACUAGGAAGUCUACAGAGCCCCUUCCUAGGAUUGAUGAUCUGCUGGACAUGGUGCAGGGUUGCACAAUCUUCAGCAAGAUCGACCUCAAAUCUGGCUACCACCAGAUUGAGAUGGCUGAAGGCGAUGUCCACAAGACUGCCUUCAAGACCAGAUACGCCACCUAUGAGUACCUGGUCAUGCCCUUCGGUCUCUGCAAUGCCCCUGGCACGUUCCAGAUAGAAAUGCAUCGCAUACUCAGGCCUUACCUGGACAGAUUUGUAGUUGUAUACCUGGAUGAUAUCCUGGUAUUCAGUCGAUCUGUCGAGGAGCAUGCGCAGCAUCUGGCUCUCGUCCUCCAGGCACUACAUGAGGCCCAGUAUAAGAUCAACAGGGAAAAGUCCUCCUUUGGAGUGACCUCUGUGACUUAUCUGGGACAUGUAAUCUCUGGGGAAGGGUUGGCUCCUAAAGCGCCUAAGAUUGCAGCGUUUCAGGACUGGCCACAACCUACCACAGUUCGUGAUGUCCGGUCAUUCUUGGGCCUUGCAUCAUACUACAGGAAGUUCGUCAAGAACUUCUCUGCUAUUGCUGCACCCCUGACUGAUCUUGCAAAGAAAGACACCCACUUUCUUUGGACAUCAGACUGUCAACAGGCUUUCACACGCCUCAAGGAGGCCUUGAUGCGUGCACCUGUUCUAAAGCUACCUGACCCUACCUUGCCUUUCGUACUAACUACAGAUGCUAGUCAGUAUGGGGUUGGGGCGGUACUUCAGCAGGAUGGUGGGCAUGGUCUGCAGCCAGUUGAGUACAUGAGUAAGAAGAUCAAAGUCAAGAAGCUGCAGGAUUCCACGUACGAGAAAGAGCUGUACGCUCUAGUGUCAGCGCUAAAGCAUUGGAAGCAUUUCCUCAUGGGCAGACACUUCCAGAUCUAUUCGGAUCACUCCACCUUGCAGUGGAUGAAGACCCAAGGGGAACUGAAUGACAAGCUUGCGCGCUAUAUUCAGUUCAUUGAUCUCUUUGACUUUGAACUGAAGCACAAGAAGGGCUGCUACAAUCGCGUAGCAGACGCCCUUUCUCGUAGGCCUGACGCUGUUUGUAUGAUCUCCUCUACUCAUACUUUUGGGGAGAGUACCCGUCAGACCAUUGCCCAGCUAUUGCCGCAGGACCCGACUUUUGGCUCGAUCGUUAGGAAUCUACAGACUGAUCCUGCCUCUGAACCAGGGUAUAUUCUGGUUUCAGAUCUGCUGUAUACUUGCAGCAGAGGAGAGGAGCGUCUGUGCAUCCCUCAGGACCACCCGCUGAGAACACUCAUGAUGUCUGAGUGUCAUGAUGCGCGUGGCCACUUUGGGGCCUUGAAGUCGUUAGCAGCCCUGUCGCAGCGGUUCUCUAAGCAUGCAGAGUUUAUUCCCCUGCCAGAGGAAGCCAGAGUCCCGGUCGUACGGGCCGCUUUUGCUGAUAGGUGGGUUACUCAUCAUGGACCACCCACCUCCAUCAUCAGCAAUAGAGAUCCGCGGUUUUGCAGCAACGAAUGGCAGUCCUAUUGCAAGGACUACCUUCAUUCCAGGCUGAACAUGACAUCUGGUCAUCAUCCUGAAGCCAAUGGGCAGGCUGAAGUGAUGAAUCAGAUUCUGUUUCAGUUGCUGCGUCCUGUGAUCAGCUCUGAUCAGCAAGAUUGGGAUCUCCAUCUAGGACGGGCACAGCUAGUGUACAACACGUCUGUACACUCCUCCACAGGGUUCACCCCUUACCGGUUGCACUCGGGACGUGAGCCACGGCAGCCUCUCGAUGACAUCAUCGACAAGGCUACCCCCAGACUGACUCCUGGGACUGCAGAGUUCACCAGACAGUACCAGAGGGAUAUCGAACGAGCCCGAGUUAACCUGCUCAAAGCCCAAAAGGCUAUGAUCCAGCAGGCUAACAAGCAUCGUCGACCAUCCCCCGUUCGAUCUGGUGACUGGGUCUGGGUACUCAGUUCCGAGCUAUCGCGGGAGGAGGACAUCUCGCCUAAGCUGCUGCCGCGCUAUAUGGGUCCAUGGCAGGUUUUGGAUACAGUGGGGGCUGACCCCUUCGGGCCAUCCUAUCAUGUAGAUGUCCCACUGCAUCUACAAACCUACCCUGUCUUCCAUGCAUCCAAGCUGUUGCCUUUUACGCCAGCUGAUGCAUUUCCAGACAGGCCUCCACAGUUCGGUCCCCCAAUCCCUGGGAAGGGAUAUGAGGUGGAAGAAGUUGUGGAUGAGUAUGGUACAGGUCUGGAUAAGGAGUACCUUGUGAAGUUCCUCUACCAGCCUCAUACUGAGGAUCGCUGGUUCACUCGCAAGGAGCUCCUGAAAACAGCAAAGUCGAUUAUCCUCAAAUAUGAGGCUGCGCAGAAGGGAGAGUCCCUUCGAUGCUCUGCACGCCUACGCCCCUAGCUCGGAGGUCCUCGCUCCGGGGGAGGGUAGGUCUGCAAUGACUUGCUGUUUUCAUGCUGCCUGUAGCCUCACUCUG